AUGGCCCAGCCCCUCUUCGGCCUCGUCCCAGCUGGGCUACCAGUCAUCACACAACCCACUGAGACACCCACGCCUACCUCCUUCGUCUACUCAAUCCCAACAGGUCAGAAGCCCUUCUCCCACGUCGUCAUCUUCCUGCUGCCGGGCAUCAUUCUCCCGGAGAACACAGCAGCCGCCAUCUACCUCGUCACGCCGCCGAACCCAGCACAGGGGCAGACCGCCCCAAACUCGAGGUUCCUCGGCGGCGUGGGGCCCGGCAAGGAGUCGGCCAUCUUCAAGCUCAACGAGGCGUCGUCGCCGUCGGGCCAGGUCAUCCUGGGAGUCAGUAUAGAGGAUGGCGCCUCCGUAGGUGCCAGGAUCGAGGGGCUGAACGCGGCCAAGGCCUCCUCCUCCUCCCCGCCUGGGAGUUCCCUCGCGCUCGUGCCGGCGGGGUCCGGAGCUGGAAGGACCCAGCCAAGCACGCUCGUGCUCGCGCAGAGGAUCAUUAAGAAUGCCUUCAACUUCCUGUCUAGCUUCUCUGGGCAGGCGGGUCAGGUCGAGGUCGUGCCCCUGCGCGCCUUCGAGGACUGGUGGCGCAAGUUCGAGAGUAGGGUGCGAACGGACCCGGGAUUCCUUGAGCGGGACGAAUAA